AUGGCAACGUUUGUGCUGGAGAGUCUUCCAACGCUGCUGGCGCUGGCCAUUCUCGGCCACCUGGACGUGCCAGAGGUCCAAGACUACGUUAGCGCCGCCGCCCUCUCGACAAUGCUCACGACAGUGACGGGGAUUUCGGUCGGGAACGGGCUCAUCUCGGCCAUGGACACACUGAGUUCGCAAGCCGUUGGCGCCAAAAACCAGAGCUGCUCGGACUCCACCUGCGCACGGGUGUACUCGUCGUCGGCUGCAUAUGUGUUGAUGGUCCUCAUCAACGUCAACGCUCAAAGUAUCCUGGAGAUGCUCGGCCAGGACGCCAGAGUGGCCUCUCUCGCUGGCGCCUACUCCCGCAUCACGAUCUUCGGCCUCCCCGGACUCUAUCUGUAUGAGCUCGCCAAGCGCACGCUGCUGGCACAGAACAUUGCGUCGCCGAUGGUGCACAUUGCGCUUCUCAGCAAUGGCAUCUACAUUGCGCUCGCGUACAUCCUUUGCUACCACUCGUCCCUGGGUUUCUACGGCGCCGCAUUUGCCUGGCUUGUCUCUUAUUGGAGCCUCGCGCUCCUUACGCUACUGUACCUCUGCGUCUCGUCCGCGCACCGCUCGUGGGCGCUGGAAGCCACGAGUUGGCGACAAGCAAGUAUACACGCGCCUGCUUUCUUGCAGCUCGGUGCCGCAGGCAUGGCGAUGAUGCUCAUGGAGUGGUGGGCGUUCGAGCUCAUGGCACUCCUCGCGGGCAUGCUUGUCCAUCCUGCGGUGGCCAUUAGCGUCCACGCCAUCGUCGCCAACGUCUCGUCAUCGGUUUAUAGCAUCUUUUUGGGUGUCUCGGUGGCCACGGGUGUCCGCGUCGGGCAGUUGAUUGGCGCCGACAACGUCACGCACGCCAAGCACAUGUCGGCACUCGGUCUCGGGCUCACAGCGGUCACUGGUGUGCUCGUCGCUCUCGUGCUCGUGGCGGCUCGGGCCUAUAUCCCAACGUGGAUC